AUCUGCGCUUUGGCUAGCUAUCAAAGAACGCUAUGUUAGGCUGUAUGUUGCAUUCGUGUUUGUACUGCCGGCUUUUGUUUCUAGCUUUGCUACACUCUACUCCUGCAACUAAUUACUUCUCUGCUCUUCUUGCUAGUGCCAGCGUUGAGCUGAGUGUGGUGUACAGCUAGUAUUUUAUCACUGUAUGAGUGGUGUUUCAAUUGGUGAGAUAAUCAGCCAACAUGGUCAUUAUGAUGUUUUGACUUGGGAUUACCUACUUGCCAGAAUAGAAGACGCUCCGACUCGUUCCCUUGAAUGAGAUUGCUGGACAACUGAGAGCUCCGAAGUCCCGGACGAGUUUGUGAAGCAGGCUCGGAGAUCUGGUUCCUGACGUACCUACUUUUGAAGUAGCUAAAACUACACGUGUGCCGGUCACAUUGCGACUAUUGUAAGUGAUUCACCAUGAAACGCGGACGGGAGGUGGACGGUGAUCGGGGAGAUGAUGACGUCAGUAAGCGGUCACGAAGAAACGAGCCAAUGCCAAUGGCUGCGGAGAAAACAAUUUCAUCGCCUUCAGCAGCUGGAGACAGAGACCUCCAGGGCGUCGCAACAGUGACUAUGACUUGCACGGAUGAGCAGCCACGCAAAGGGUUUCCAGCAACACCUGAGCGCAGUUGCCAGGCCCAAAACAGCAUCAUCACAUCCUCCCCAGGGACGAUAAGCACCUCAAGGACAGCAUCUGCUUCAGCAGUAACACUCACAGAGCAGGUUUCGUCUAGCAGAGACGUUGUUCAAACAUCCCUAUCCCGCCGUGUUUUUGCUACCGCAUCUACUGCUUCUGGGGCUGAUAAGGCUGGGUCUCGGGCCGCUUCCAGAGUCAUCAGUGAGUUUGGCGAGUUACCCGAGCUUGUCCUAGGCAGAACAUCAUCAACUAUCACAUCCAGCCAGCAUCCCUCAUCAUGUACUAGCACUACCGGCCAGCAUCCCUCAUCAUCUGCAGAGCUAUUGGAGACAUGUGACGAUGCAGCAAGGAAAGAGAGAGAGAAAGAGUCGGACUCUGGAGCUAGUGAUGAUGAGCAGGUCAAAAGUCAGCGAAAACGACGAGGAGAGAUCGAGAAAAAGCGCCGAGACCGCAUCAACAACUGCCUGGAAGAACUGAAGAGCUUGAUUCCGGAGGCGAGUCGCAAAGGCAAUACAAAAGUUGAGAAGGCAGAGAUUCUCACCCUGACCGUAGAGUUCCUCAGAGCAACAACAAGGGGACUGGCACCUCAUGAAGUUAUCGCUCAAGACUACCAUUCCCGAGGCUAUCGGGAGUGCAUGUCCGACACACUUCAGUAUCUAGCGCAGCACGAGAACUUCCGUGCGGAUCAGCAGCAGAAUCUCCGUCAGCACCUCUCACAGUGCUUGCUGUACAGUGAGAGUACUCCAGCAUCCAGAGCAGCAGCUACGUCGACAAUACUUGGUGAGGAUUUCCCGGCCAACGCAAUAGUCAGCAUGCCAGAUGUGAUCAACCCCUCCAAUGCUGCACAACCUAGUCAACUUGUGUCCGCUCACAACGCCGGUAUUUUCUCGAAAGACUCGCGACCAGUGUUGGAACUGCCUAUUUCAACGCAAUCCCUCUACCAGUACGGUCCCACUCCGCAAAGCCCACUGACUUCACCUCACACAGCAAUUCCAACACCGCACUCGCCUUUUACGCCCCAGAAAGCCUGUCCACCAAUGUCACUGCUCAGUCCGGCUAAAAGCAAUCCUUCACCGAAUGCACGCUCUCAGUCACUUGCUUCAGGUAUAGUGUCCAGUCUGCAUGCCCAGCUUCCCAACCAGUUUUCAAUGGAAGGAGCGUCGAAUAGAAGCCGUCAACGAGGAGCCCCCAUGGUUGGUGCGCCAAGUCAAAACGCUAACAUACCAAGUCCAUUUUCGUCGCUGCCGUUACAUGCUCAGAACGCAUUUGGCGGCAGAGGCCAUUCCACACCGAUCGCGCAAAGUCCGGCUGGCGUGGAGACGGACGUGAAGUCGGCAAGUGCAUACUCCACGACGUCGUCGAUGUACCACUACCCGACUAGUGACUAUAGCACUGAGCAGGAUACCACCAUGCCUACACUGGCAUUACACCAGCAGCAGCCACAGCCUGUAGCACCCUUUUACCACCCUCACCAGCAGCAACCUCAAAAUGAUAUCUGUAGCAUCGAGAGCUUGAUCUUGCCAAGCCAAGGCACUGGCGCGUACGACUCCCGAACCCAUAGCAUGCCGCAAGGCAGUCUAGCCUAUCAUCUCGCAGCCGGCGGCAGCAGUCAAUCCGAGCAAGCCAAGGUAAAGGAAGAGUUAUGCUCUCCAUUCCAGUCCACGCAGGCUGGUCUGUCCCCGAUGCUUCCGGGUACCUGGGGCCAGCGUUAAACACACGCAUCAAGACUGUGAGUGGGAACGACUGUGGCCUACCGGUAUAUCAUUGCAGUGACCUUAACUGUGACUGUGGAGUGGCCUUUUUUAUGCUAUUAAAAUCUACUUAUUGUUACUGAACUAGGCAAAGGUCGGAACUCGACCACCUGUUUACCGCCCUAGAGCCGUAAGGCAGACAAGUAAAACACCUUCCCGUAUACUGUUGUUGAUCAUACUAAUGGUUAGGUUUGGGGCGGUGUGGUUUCAGUAAUGAUUAUAAACUUUGAAGAAGCGAGUAUGCCUGUUUGAUUAUCAGAAAUACUUACUUUUUGAAGUUAAUGACUGCCGCCCAUUCACAUUUUGCAAUUCAGUUUAUGUAUCCAUUGUCUGUCUGCAUCAGUAACAUGAAUCCAGGGAUAUCGUCGUCCACUGGUAAUGUUCCUUGAAAUGCUCUGGUCAAAUCUCGUAAUUUUUUCUUAUCGAUCCUGUUCAUUGAUUUCAGUUGUCAUAGUGAUAAUUAUGUGGAUUGCACCCACAACUCUAGAUUGUUUAGCUACUGUUCACAGCUGAGCGUUGCCUUUUUUCUUCUUACUUUCUCUUGUUUACAGAAUUUUAUUUAUUUAGAACAACUAAAUGCUUUUGGUCCGUAUCUUCGUUGUCAACGCUGUAUGCAUAUCUUUACUAAUUUUGUUUCUUGGUGAAAAUAUUGGCUUGGGUAAACAAGUA